CUAAAUGACACAGCAAAAUUCAAAAAAUGGCAUCAACUACUUCUAUUCUUUCAAUACCAUCACUUCCAUCCAAACCAUUUUCUCAAAAAAGAUCAAUAAAUACAAAAAUAAUGACUUUGGCUAUGAAAAGAGAAGCCAAUGAUCAGAACUAUUAUAAUGGUAGAAAUGUGGACGAAAACAUGAUUGUUCUUAGGAAAAGAAUUCAAGAGAUGAAGAUGAUUGAGAAGAAUUACGAGCCACCAGCAGAAUGGAUGGUUUGGGAGAAGAAGAUUUAUGGGAAUUAUAAUUCGAGUAUUUGUGAAGCCAUGGGAUUAUUGCAAUCUUUGUUGAUGAAUACAAGGCCAGGCUUGGCUUUUGGGAUGGUUGCACUUGUUGCAUUGAGUGUGCCCAUAUCAACUGUUGUUGUACUUUUUAACCUCGUAGAGUUUACUAAAGGGGUUUUGGCUGGUGUUCAUAUUUGUUAAAGAGAAAAACUCAAUAACAGUAGUAUAUGUUAGUAUCUGUAUUCGAAAAUAAUUUCUGCAAAAAAAUAAAAUAAAAUAGAAUAAAUAAAAGUUUUGAGCCUAACAGAAAACUGUAUUUCCUUAAGAAAUUUGAUCCCUCGGUGUUGACCAAGGUUGCACUUGUUGCAUUGAGUGUGCCCACAUCAACUGUUGUUGUACUUUUUCAUCUCGUAGAGUUUACUAAAGGGGUUUUGGAUGGUGUUCAUAUUUGUUACAGAGACACUCAAUAGCAGUAGUAUAUGUAGAAAAGAUGAAGAAAGUUCUUUAUUUUUUAUUUUUUGUGGGACUACUAUAUGUAUAUGGCUUUAAGACUGA